GCACUCUGAACUCGACCGCUUUUGCCCCCUCGUCAGGACACAUGACGCGCGCGGACGAGUGAUGAUGGACGCCGUCCUGAGGAGCGCGAGGAACUAGGUCAUCCGCGCGCGUGUGCGCGCGCCGAGCAAACAGGCAACAAACACCGGAGAGCCCGCGCGCCGCGCACACAAAGAACACCAAGUCCUCUCCUUCUUCUGCCUUUUAUCUUCCGUUACGCACAGGCGCGCGAGGACACCCUGCUGUAGUCUGUUAGAGACAAAAUCAUAUUAAAGAGAUUGAGUCAGGGUGAAGUUUUUUAUUGUUCUCAAGCAGGAACACGGGUCCCUUUCGGUGCGCUGAUUGUUACCGGAGGCGCGUGCGUUCGAUCCUAAACGGUGACCCGGUGGCGCGUGGAUGCAGGAGCAUGGAGCUGAGAGAGAGGGCGCCUGCAGCAGUGCCCAGGUGGGUGUGUCCGUGGUGGCGCGUGGCACUAACGCGGGCACUGCCCCGGUGGAGGACAUGCAGGCGCUAUCGAUCACCACUCUCUCUGCCUCUGAAGUGGAGCAGCAGUAUGAGCUGAUCGGUCCGUUGGGGAAAGGCACGUAUGGCCGAGUAGAUCUGGUGGCUCACCGAACACAAGGCGCAAAACUGGCCCUUAAGUACGUCAGUAAGAACAAGACCAAGCUUCGGAGUUUUCUCCGUGAAUACAGUCUGACGGCAGCCCUGAGCUGUAGCCCCUUCAUCAUCAAAGCUCUGGAUGUUCUGUUUGAAACCGAGGAGAGUUAUGUAUUCGGUCAGGAGUAUGCGCCUGCAGGAGACCUCUUCGACAUCAUACCUCCCCAGGCUGGUUUGCCUGAGGACAUGGUCAAACGGUGUGUGCAGCAGCUCGGCUUGGCUCUGGACUUCAUGCACAGUAAAAGUCUGGUCCAUCGAGACGUGAAGCCGGAGAACGUGCUCCUGUUUGACCGCGAGUGCCGGCAUGUGAAGCUGGCUGACUUUGGAAUGACACGGAGGGCAGGCAGCCGCGUCAAGAGAGUCAGCGGCACCAUCCCCUACACGGCAGCCGAGGUGUGCCAGGUCACAGGCUCGGAGGGCAUCGUCGUGGCAACGCCGCAGGACGUAUGGGCAUUCGGCGUGCUCCUUUUCUGCAUGCUGACUGGAAAUUUCCCGUGGGAAGCUGCGCUGCCCAGUGACAACUUUUACGCAGAGUUUCAGCGCUGGCAGCACGGCGCGUGUCCCCCGGGCACCGUGCCCUCACAGUGGCGCCGCUUCUCUGACGACGCGCUGCGCAUGUUCAGCCGGCUCCUAGCCCCUGAGCCUGAGCGUCGCUGCGGUGUUAAAGAGGUUUUUUACUUCCUAAAAUACGACCUCCUCAACCAUCAUCGCAGAAGAGCUUCCUGUAGAGCCUCCAGAGCCACACGAGGCUCCGCCCAUAAACACGGAGAACACGCCUCCGUCUCGGGCACUUCCUGUCUUCGGCCCACGCCUCUCAAACGUAGCAUCCUGUCAGAGCCGCACUCGUCGAGGGAGGAGCUUUCAAAAAGCCCCUCCCCCAAUCGACAGGACAAGAGUAAGAUGGUAAUGGCCACGCCCAUCGAGAUCUGCGUAUGAAGGCGUACCCUUGCUUCCAUAUUCGUACAAUUAAUUAAUAGGAAUUAGGCCAACCCUGGCGUUGUGUAAGGAAGGGAAAUACAGAUCGAAAAGGAAAUCAGGCCAUUUGUGUAGAUGUAGCUGAGGAUAUCGUAGUUUUAUUCGAGAAUACGCAGACUGCAAAGUCAGUAUGUAAAGAAUAAAACAUAACAGGCCAUGCUGUUAUGGGAAAAUAAUCAACGACAGAGUGAGACAACGGUACAAUGUUGAAUCAUCGACAAUCCGUCAUACUUUUUUUAAUCCGUUAAGGUAAAACUUAUGACUGUUAUAGCGCGCUGAGACUGGAGACUCCUUCCAUAAAUAAAACAUAUAAAUCAACAUCACCUGGCAGAAAAUGUUUCGAUAUUAAUGAUUAUGUAAGUCUUGAUUGUAGCUCGGUUGUUAUCGCUCUUUUGGUACGAAUUUAUUGUUUCAAGCAAGAAGAAUCCGAGAAGCAGAUCUGAAUGUACGACCUUCACAACGUCCUUCGCUUCCUCUUUAGUAUGAGCAAAUUGUGAUAAGAGAUCAGCUAGCUUUAUUAAAGCCUGUAGGUCAAUCACGCACUUCUUCUUGUCAUUCUUCUUCCUUAAUCCUCGAUCGUUUAGAGAACACAAUGAGAACCUCAUCCCCAGACAAACUAUUUUGCCCGAGGUGCUCCUCCCCUUUGUCAUGUGACUCAACGACCCAGCCUAUCAGGGGGCUGAUCACCUCAGAGGUUCUUGACCCAUAUGCAUUUCUACAGACUGUAACCAAUACGGCUACUUCCUGAAUGUGGACAUUGUACAGUAUGUACACAGGAUAUGACAUCACUCUCCUCGAGGGGGAAAAAGUAUCUGUAGAUGACAGGGAUUCUUUAUUAUACAGUACGUGUGUGUGUGUGUGGUUGUGAUUACUAUGUCUGUAUAAGCACAAGUUUUUUAUAGCUUGUUUAAGAAACUUUUAAGAACUGUUGUUGAACAAAGAUCGAGUUUGUGUUCAGGUUGUGCCAUCAUGUAGCUUUUUUUGUAAUUGUAAGAAAUUUUUCUAGUGAAUAUCCUGCGCAGAAGCGAACCAUAGUAGCCUGAAGAUUAGGACCUGUUCACAAAGGAUGUCUGCAAGACUGAGAUAUUUAAUCAUUUUAAUAUUUGGGUCAAAUAAGAUAGCAUUACGAGGUUACUUUUUAACUUUUAAAGCAAA